AUGUUUCUAAAUUUAGUGAUUGUUAUAAAGAUUUUCAUAAUUAAUAUCCUUUUUAAAAAGGAGUUAAAAUGUGGACAUAUACAGGUACAAUUUCAUUUUCUGCUCCAGAAAUUUUUAAUGAAUGCUCCUAUGAUGAAACUAUUGAUAUAUGGAGUGCUGGUGUAAUUUUAUAUACAAUGCUUUCUGGAAAAGAACCAUUUUAUGGCGAAUAUAUACAAGAAAUAAUUAAUAAAAUUUGUGCAUGCCAAUAUGAUUUUCCGUCUGAUCCAUGGGAUAAUAUUUCGAAUGAAGCAAAAGAUCUUAUCUAGAAAUGCUUAAAUAAAAAUCCUGAAUCUAGAAUUAGACCAGAAUAAAUUUUAAAACAUUUUUGGUUUUUAAAUAAACAUAAUUAAGCAAAAGUGCUAUCUUUGUAAUUAUUGA